AUGCCGAUCAGCGCGCCGUCGUCCGACUCCUCGUCCUCGUCGGGCUCGGGUGCCCGCGUGUGGGUACUCCACGGGCUAGCGCUCGGCGCCGCGGCCGCGGCCGCUGCCGCGGCAUACCUGUACCGGUGGCCGAGCGGGUUCCGCAGCCGCGCGGUGGGGAUCAUACCCGCGCGCUUCGCCUCCACGCGAUUCGAGGGCAAGCCGCUCGUUCACAUCCUCGGCAAGCCCAUGAUCCAGCGAGCUCCUGAUGCAGUCUUCAGCACAGCUGUUACUUCACUGAAACCAGAAGAUGCAUUCGAUACAAAUCGAGUGAAGUGUGUUGUGGAUAAUCAGGGCUACGCAAUAUACUUUUCAAGAGGGCUGAUUCCAUUCAAUAAAUCAGGGAAUGUCAAUCCGAAAUACCCUUAUCUUCUUCAUCUUGGAAUUGCGGGCUUUGAUUCAAAGUUUUUGAAGAUAUAUCCAGAACUUCCACCAACACCGUUACAAAUGGAAGAGGACCUAGAGCAACUGAAAGUUCUUGAAAACGGCUAUAGGAUGAAGGUGAUCAAAGUGGACCACGAUGCUCAUGGUGUAGAUGCACCUGAGGACGUUGAGAAAAUCGAAGCACUGAUGCGGGCGAGAAACUUUCAGUAG